CGGCUCCAUUAGGAGCCUAUGGAGGUUGGUGGGAGGUUGCCUUGGACUGUAUGACCCCAAAAGGCAAGAACAUCUGCCUGGAACAUCACAAGAAGUAUCAUAUCCAAGUCUCCAGAGUGUUGUGGCGUGUGUAUUUCUUCCUGGGAAUGCCCAGUCUUGAAACUCAACAUCCCAGCAUGAAAAAGAAAGAAACAUGUUGAAAACUAAGCCCCGGGGAGUUUCUGCCAUGCCAAACGAAGACAGUGAGAAAAUGCUGGAGGGUUCCAUCCAAGUCAAUGGAGCAGCUCACGGGGACCCAGAAAACACAGUCAAAGGGUCCUUGAACAUCCAAGGUCCGGCCAGCAACUUUGCAGGGAAGUCCGUGACGGGCUCCAUGCACUUCAGAGGAGGAAAAACGCUGAUGGCCUCCAUGCAUAUCAAAGGACCAGCAUGUGAGGCCUCAGGGUCAUCUCUGACAGGGUCCCUGAGGGUCAACAAAGGCCUGGCGACUGGUCCUUCAGUGCACAAGACAGAAAGCUAUGAAGAAAACAAACAGAUCCAGGCUUGGCAGAAAUCCAGCUCCCAGUCAGAUUCUCACGAUGAUGAAGUUUCUCCUCCACCACCCAUUCCGGUGGUCAAAGCCCGGCAUCGACGGGGAGGGGUCAGUGCUGAGGUCUACACCGAAGAAGAUGCAGUGUCUUAUGUCCGGAAGGUUAUUCCAAAGGACUAUAAGACUAUGACAGCCUUAGCCAAGGCCAUCUCCAAGAAUGUCCUCUUCGCUCACCUUGAUGACAAUGAGAGAAGUGACAUAUUUGACGCCAUGUUCCCUGUCACCCACAUUGCUGGAGAGAUUGUGAUCCAACAAGGUGACGAAGGUGACAACUUCUACGUGAUUGAUCAUGGGGAGGUGUAUGUGUAUGUGAAUGGAGAAUUGGUCACCAGCAUCGGAGAAGGAGGCAGCUUUGGAGAACUGGCCCUCAUUUAUGGAACCCCACGAGCCGCAACGGUCAAAGCAAAGACUGAUCUUAAACUCUGGGGGAUUGACCGAGAUAGCUACAGACGCAUCUUGAUGGGCAACACGUUGAGAAAACGGAAAAUGUAUGAAGAAUUUUUGAGCAAGGUGUCCAUUUUGGGAUCUCUGGACAAAUGGGAGCGUCUGACGGUGGCCGAUGCACUAGAGCCGGUCCAGUUUGAGGAUGGAGAGAAAAUUGUGGUCCAGGGGGAGCCAGGGGACGAUUUUUUCAUCAUCACAGAGGGCACGGCUUCGGUCCUUCAGCGUAGGUCUGACAAAGAGGAAUAUGUAGAAGUUGGGCGCCUGGGGCCAUCGGAUUAUUUUGGGGAAAUCGCCCUGUUGCUGAACAGGCCCAGGGCAGCUACUGUGGUGGCGCGAGGGCCCUUGAAGUGUGUGAAGCUGGACCGGCCACGCUUCGAACGAGUCCUUGGCCCUUGUUCUGAAAUCCUGAAGAGGAACAUCCAGAGAUACAACAGUUUCAUCUCUCUCACUGUCUAAAAGUCCUCUUUGGCUCGUCUUUUACGUUAAAACUUGUGCACUUAAAAAAAAAAGAAAAAAAGAAAGGCAAUCUGUGGUGUUUCGUAGCUUUACGAAGGAAAAGAGAGGCACCUUCAUUUUAUGCAGAUGUUUUUCAGUGUUGAUGUCCGGUCUCUUAGAUAUUCAAAUCACUGUAUGUUGUGAGGAGGAGAGCAGGUAGCUAGUUGUCAGUGACUUUAUGGGAUUUUAGAUUUUUAUUGUUUUGCACUUUGAGUAGCAUUCCAGGUUUAUGCGUCCUUGGUUCCUCCAAAACUCCUCAGGCACUGUAAAAUCUCCAGAUCUUUAACUCUGCGAUAGAGAAUCUGCUUGCUGUGUGCCUCAACUUUCAUUUCUCCUGGUUGUGCUGACAAGCUACAUCCAGCCUCACUUCACUAGAACGUAGGCUACUCAUUUUGAACAUCUCAUCUAGCGAGACUACAUAACCCAUAUUAUAAUUGGGGAUCGAUGGCCCCUAUGCCUCCCCCCCCCAUGAAGCAUUGCAGAAAUAGCCCAUGAAGACUUCCAGACAUUGCACCAAAUAGUAAUUUUAAAUGUGAUCUAAGGUAAAAAUGAUUAAACAUCCAACUGGAAAGUGUAAAAUGUCCUAUCAACUCGGUUGAGUUUUUAACUCGAGAUAAAACUCGAAAUUUUCUUGGAUUGUUUUUGUCUUGGCAGAAAGCUCCUAGCAUGCUACUUACAGGCUAUUUAAAGUCUAUUAAAAGCAAGUGGUGAGCUUUGACCUGGAAGGAAUUGUGAAGCCCUGUUGGGCAUCCAGUAAUCCGUCCUUCAUCUUUGACAAUGACUUGAAUAAAUUGUCUUGGCCACUUGAGAUACUCAGCGAACACCAAAUCAGUGUCAAAUUAGUGCCAAACAGUGUUUUUCCAACUUGGCAACUUUUAAGAUGUGUGGGCUUCAACUUCAGUCCACAUAUCUUAAAGUGGAGAAGUUGAAGAACAUUGGUAUACAUCAGUCAGUCAACCAGCCAGUCAACCAAUCCACACACAUAAUGUAAAAUCUGUUUCCUGUAAAAUGUGACAGUAUUCUAUUCUCUGUGUAUUUUUUUAAAGAAAACUUUUGUUUGCAAAUAGUAUUUAUUUACCCCUUUCAUUUUGCUUAUCCUGUUGUGAUGCAUGGGGGAAAUAAAAUAAUUUUGACUGGAGAAAGAGGUAGUAAACCUUUGAUCACUAUGGUUGAGGGCCAUUGGCCUCAGGGUCUUGAGUCUUAGGUCCAGGUCUACUUUUAUGGACAUUAAAAGACUUGUACAAAGAUGAAAGAAGGGAUACUAUCAAAAUUGAUGGAAACUUGGAUUAAGUUGCGAAAACAGUGGAGAAUUGAUUCAAACAUCCCUUCCCAAUCCUACGGCGUUAGAAUUGUGGUUUUCAAAAAUUUGCAGCAGUCACAGAAAGUUUAGAGGGUGCCAGAUAAUGGAC